AUGAAGAACCAGCAGCAACAACAGCAGUUCCAGCAGUACAAACAGCGUGCAAAGAACAUUGCAAACAUCAACGAGCUUCUUCCAGGGUUAAACGACAUUUCCGAUGCGUUUGAAGUGUUACCUAUGGACCUCAUAAAGUACUUCACACUACUUAAGGAAAUCGAUGCCAAAUGUAUUAACACCGUUCCGCAGAUCAACUUCUUGAUCAAAAAGUACAUUGGAGACAAGAUCAACGAAAUAAUUCCCUGCUUAGAAGAGAAGAUGCACGUUACGUCGGUGGCGACCGACUUGUUGAGCAAACAUAUGUUCCGUAUCAACAAUGACUACAAACUAAUUGUCAACAACAACGAGAUUCCAGAGUCAAUCCGUAUCGGUCCUCUAAGCCACCCGGCAAUGAUCAUGGAUGCUAACGUAGCCAACGGGUCAAGUGUUGACAGAUCAGCACAGGCACAAAGAAGUGAAAGUAGAAGAGAAGCUCUAGCAGCCAAGAAAGCCAGCAAAGAAGACAAUUCUGAUGACCAUCUUUCUGUGAAGAAGAAGAAGAACAAAGAGAGCACACCUUCAGAAGCACUCAAGGGCACACCGAAUGGAAACCCAGGAGUAACCAACACCAAGAAGAGAUCGAGAAAGGAAAAUGAUGAUAUCCAGAGACCAGAAGACGACAGUAGCAAUAAUUCACGUGCAAACAACACCAGCAGCAAUAAUGUCAACUCCAACGAACUUGACAACGAUGACAAUAACACUAUAGACAGAGUCAAGGCUGAAGUUCCAGCAAGUAAGGCCAAGAAUACAGGCGAACCUACGUACUGUUACUGUAACCAAGUUUCCUUUGGUGAGAUGGUGGGAUGCGACGGUGACGACUGUAAGCGUGAAUGGUUCCAUUUGCCAUGUAUUGGAUUCAAGAACCCACCUAAGGGUAAAUGGUACUGUGACGACUGUCUUGUGAAAAUGAAGAAAAUGAAGAAAUUAUGA